AUGGAACAGCGGAACCGGCUCGGCGCCCUCGGAUACCUGCCGCCGCUGUUGCUUCACGCCCUGCUGCUCUUCGUGGCCGACGCUACAUUCACCGAAGUCCCCAAAGAUGUGACAGUGCGGGAAGGAGACGACAUCGAAAUGCCCUGCGCGUUCCGGGCCAGCGGAGCCACCUCAUAUUCGCUGGAGAUUCAGUGGUGGUACCUCAAAGAGCCGCCCCGGGAGCUGCUGCACGAGCUGGCGCUCAGUGUCCCCGGCGCCCGGAGCAAGGUAACAAAUAAGGAUGCAACUAAAAUCAGCACCGUGCGUGUCCAGGGCAAUGACAUCUCGCACCGGCUGCGGCUGUCGGCCGUGCGGCGGCAGGACGAGGGCGUGUACGAGUGCCGCGUGUCGGACUACAGCGACGACGACACGCAAGAGCACAAGGCCCAGGCGCUGCUGCGCGUGCUCUCGCGCUUCGCGCCGCCCAACAUGCAGGCUGCCGAGGCCGUGUCCCACAUCCAGAGCAGCGGCCCGCGGCGCCACGGCCCCGCCAGCGCCGCCAACGCCGCGGGCACCACCGGCGCCCUGGGCCGCGCCACCCCUGAGCCCUGGCGUGGCGACAAGAGCCCGCCGCCGCCCGGGAGCCCGCCCGGUGCCCCAGGCCCCGGAGUCCCCGAGGUCGCCGCUGCCUCUGCGUCCCACGCAGCCACCACCACCGUCGCGGCCGCUGCCGCCGCCUCGUCAGCGUCCCGACCCCCCGGCCAGGCGGUCCUUCUGCGCCAGCAGCACGGCUCGGGUAAGGUCGCGCUCCGCGAGCGAGGCGCGCACGCGCGGGGGGAGGGGGCGGGGUCUGCGGCGGACGCCCCGGGCUGGCCCUCGGCAGAGGGGGCGGCCUCACCAGCUACUUGGAUAUGCGUAGUCGGUAGGUUUAACUUGGGUGCGCGCAGGACACGUUUUCAGCAGUGUUCUGUCUUGGGACUCUCAGCUGCUGGCUUCUCGCCGCUUUCCCGUCGUUUCUGUUGGCCUCUGGAAGCGCUCAUGACGCGUGUUUAUGCAUGUAGGGGCCCCUUGCCCGGGAGCUCUGGGUACCCGAGGCUGGGUGUACCAGAGACCUCCCCAUUGGGCUUGGGGAACUGGACCCUGAAGGCUGCUGCCGGGUCGGACGCGGGCGAGGGUGCAGAAGCUCGAGAAAAUGAGCUGACUUUCAGCUCGUGA